ACUAUCUGUCAUGUCACAAGUAACUAACCUUUUAUUUGAAAAUUUCUUUAUUUCUAUACAAAUUACUUGUAUAUAACAAUUAGUGAACUGAUAAUGUCAUUUUAUCAUCUUCAUUGAUUUCGUCAUUUUUUAAUCUGCAUAAUGUUAGUGAAAACAGGUCUCUUGAUAGUUUCAAAUCCUAAGCAAAUUGGAAAUGUCUUAGGAUCAAUUCAAAAGCAAGUUAAAAGUACUUUAUACAUUCAACUUUUGUCAGCUCUAAGUGAACCCUUGGGUAGUUUCAUUCCAAAAAAAUGUAACGUGUGGCCUAAAUUUAGUCCUACAAUACAUGGAAUAUAUUCACAGGUGGCAAGAUAUUGUAGCGGAUUAGAUGUUAGAGUGUUACUUUCAGGUUUAAAAUACAAUAUAUCAAAGAUUCACACACAAAAACCUAUAGAUUUGAUCAUAUUAGAUAAAACUUACCCAAGAAGUGAAAUUGAUAAUUUUAUUUCAACUAGAAUAGACAAUGUUACUAAGGAAUACAAAGUGAUGACGUUGGAUACUGAACAUAUUGAAGAUUUAGAAACUGAUACCUUAUUUGCUGAUAAGAAAUAUAAGCACACAGUCUUGGGUGGAACUUUUGAUAGAUUGCAUUUAGCCCAUAAAUUACUGUUGAGCGAAGCUGCUCUUAGAGCUACAAACACAGUUACAGUAGGUGUUACAGAGGAGAAUAUGCUUUUGAACAAACUUUUGUGGGAGUUCAUUGAAGAUAUUGAUGUAAGAGUGAAGAAUGUUAAAGAUUUCUUAGUUGAUAUUUGUCCGGAACUGGAAUAUAACAUAGUUCCUAUAUCAGAUCCAUUCGGACCUGCCAUAACUGAUCCGACUAUGGAACUAAUAGUGGUGAGUCAGGAAACACUGAAGGGAGGAGAAAAAAUUAAUUCAAUAAGAAAAGAAAAAAAUUUGUCCUUAUUAGAUAUUCUUCCAGUCGAACUUGUAGACGAACCUAAUCCGAAUCCGAUAGAAGAAACGAAAAUUAGUUCAAGCACAACUAGAAUAAGACUAUUAGGCACAGUUUUGCAACCAAUAGAAACUAACCACAAUAUUCCGAAAUUACCUUAUGUUAUUGGUCUCACAGGUGGUAUAGCUAGUGGAAAAUCUGGUGUAGCAUCCCAUUUACAAAAAUUAGGAGCGAAAAUAAUCAAUUGUGAUCUAAUAGGUCAUAGUGUGUAUAAAAAAGGAAAACCGUGCCAUGGAAAAAUUGUUGAAGUUUUCGGAGACAAAGUUUUAUCAAGUGAUGGUGAAAUCGACAGGAAAGUUUUAGGUGGAAUUGUUUUUAAAAAUAAAGAAGAUUUAAAUAAAUUAAAUAGUUUAGUUUGGCCAGCAAUUGCUCGAGAGGUACAAGACAUCAUUAAGAACAGUAAUGCAAAAGUAAUUGUUGUAGAAGCAGCGGUUUUAUUAAUGGCCAAUUGGCAGAACUUAUGCCAUGAGAUAUGGACAACAAUAGUACCAAGAGAAGAGGCAAUAUCAAGAUUGAUACACCGGAACAGUUUAACACAAGAAGAAGCUACAAACAGAAUAGAUUCGCAACCUCCAAAUAAAGUAUACGUUAAAUCCUCCCACGUUGUGUUCUGUACAGUUUGGCCUGUCGAAUACACCAAAGAACAAGUAGUGAAAGCGUGGAAUUUGUUGAGUGGAAGAAUGCCAUCGUGAUUUUAAUUUUUUACUUUAUAUAUAAGUGUAAAUAUGUAAAAUUGGGAUAGUUGUAUAUUAGGAUUGAAAGCAGGUAAAAAUAAAAAUUGUUUU